UUCUGCACCUGUUACUGGAUAACAUAUACAUUUACACAAACGCUUUAUUAAUUCCUUGAAGACAAUGGUAGAAAAUUUCUAGUCUAGUAGUUUGAAUUACUUAAAAAUCAAGACUAUUGUCAAAAGAAGUUUCCAAGUGUAACUAGCAAGAAAAGAAACAGGAAAACAGUGAGGAUAGGGCAAAAAGAUACAAGACUUGUACCUGUUCCGUUCAUUUCUCUUAAUGUCUUCGCAUUUCUUCAUAUUGGCGGCGCUAUACAAGGAUUAAUCGUUAUUCACUAUUAUAGGAUAAAUUUAGAAAUUAAUUGAUGAUGUCAAAGCAUUAUCCAUGUUGUCUGGAACACAUCGAUCGAUCGUUAAGGGAGUUUCUGUUUGGGAGACAUUUGUACCCGUCUUGGGCGGAGCCUUGGCCCAUUUUAUUGUCUGUGCUAUUGACUAUGACAAGUAAUUCAGCUGCCAAUAUUUCAUUCCAAACUAUCUUCUCUAUGCUACGAUAACUUUACCUAAUUGCAUGGAUUCAAGGUCUUGCGUGAUAUAAUCAGAGACGAUGUCACAAGAAUUGAAAGCUUUUAAUGGAUUUUUAAAUGAUAGUAAUAAAUCAAGUAAAAAGGAAUUGCAAUUGAUAGGAAUUGCUAAAAAAUAUCAACUUAAUAUCCAUGAAAAUAUAACUGAAAGCUCCAUAAAUUAUUUAAAUUAUAGUAAUAAUGAAAGAAUAAAAGUUGAUGAAACAAUGAAUUCGAAUAAAUUGAAUUCAAUUUCAAAAUUUCGAGCUCAAGAAAUCGAUAUAAUCAAUGGUAUUAAUACCAAUGUGCCUACCAUGAUAAUUUCGACGACAACAGAAUCUACUAUUGAUGUUCUGAGUGGGUUUGUAAACAACCACUCUACCUCGUCGUUGUCGGAAACAAAUUUUAAGUCUUCAACUAUGAAUCAAGUGCAUCAGUCGCAUGGAAAGAACAACAAUAAUAACAGUGCAACUACUACUUUUUUAACUAUAAAUAGUAAUAAUAAUAAUAAUAAUAUUAAAGUUCCAAUAAUUGAUAUGAAAAAAAUAAAUUAUUCAUGUUCACUAUAUACUUCAACUAUUCGUUCUCCUCAAGCACCUGGCAAGGUAGUAACAACAUCUUCACUACCAACUUCCUUAACAGACCUACCAGUGAACCAUGAAUCUCGGAAAACGAGAUCAGAACCUGGAAGUUUGUCUUCGGUAACUGUUAAAAAUCCGAUGACAAUAAAUUCAACUCCAGGAAGAAUUUCAACAGCUGCUCGAAUUUCUAGUCUUGAUGGGCUUGAUUCUCUAGGAGUGAAUAAUAAUAAUAAUAAUAAUAUUAAUAAUAAUGGACCAAGAGUUAGUGUAUCCUCUGCAAUAGCUACUUCAGUAUCAAAUAAUAAUGCUAUUAUACAUGGAAAUAAAUCAAUGUGGGAUAAUAAUUCAAUGGAAAAUGAGUCUGAUUAUGUAGUGGAUCCAGUGCAGGGCAAUGCUUAUCACAAAGGACAGUUUCUUGGAAAGGGUGGCUUUGCAAAAGUUUAUCUGAUGACUGAUUUAGCAAAUGGAAAAAAAUAUGCCUGUAAAAUCAUUCCAAAGAAUCGUAUGCAGAAAAUUCAUAUACAAAAAAUUGCUCGGGAGAUAAUGAUUCACAAAGACUUGAAUCACAUAAAUGUGGUACAAAUGCACCAUUAUUUCGAGGACAAUUUAAACGUAUAUAUGCUAUUAGAAGCAUGUCCUAGAAAGAGUUUAAUGCACGUGUUAAAGUACCGAGGAAAAGUAACUGAACCAGAGGCUAGAUAUUAUAUGAAGCAAAUGGUAACUGGCGUAGCAUAUAUUCACUCACAAAAAGUUGUUCAUCGUGAUCUAAAACCAGGCAACAUGUUCUUAUCUGAUGGAAUGAUUGUUAAGAUAGGUGACUUUGGCUUAGCAACACGUCCUGAUGGUCAAAGAAGACGAGUAACUGUUUGCGGGACGCCGAAUUAUAUUGCUCCGGAAGUAUUAUAUAAGCAAUCAUACAGUUUUGAGGCAGAUGUAUGGGCUCUUGGAUGUAUUUUAUAUGCUUUACUUGCUGGACAACCACCUUUUGAAGCAGCGACAUUAAAAGAGACUUACUCAAAAAUAUGCAAUAAUCGUUAUAAAAAGUUAGAUGAUACAGUAGCUAGUCGUAGUGGACAAGAUCUCAUUCGUUGUCUUCUUCAUCCAUUACCCGAGCUCAGACCAUCUUUAGCUCGAGUUAAAGAACAUCCGUACCUUACUGUAGAAUAUGUGCCCGAAAGAUUAGCACAUUCAUGCUGUUAUCGAGUUCCAACACUCCAAAAUUCAUUGACUGAUUCCAAUGUCAAAUCUACCUUUACUCCACCUACCCUUUCGGUACCUUCUGCUACUUCUUUAUCUUCAGCAUCAUCUAUGACUUCUACAACUCGAUCCAAACCCCGACCCAUACUUCAAGAAUCUCAAACACUUUCACGCAUUGCUGAAGUUUCUAAACCAAAAACUAUUGCCGCAAUAACGACAAUGAAACCAAUCUCAGCUACUCAAAGUGUGAAGGAAUCGAAACAAAAAUCGAAAGUUGGACAUUGGCUUGUAAAAAGAUUUCCAAAACUUACCAAAUUACGACAACAAUUUGGUACCUUUUUUUGUCCUGACAGAAAAAAAUCAUCAGAAAGUGCAAUGAUGCAUCGAGCGCUAGAAACAUGUCUUAGUGAAGUUCGUUUUAAUAGAACAACACAAAAUCCUCUUGCAAUUGAUGGGAUCGUUCCCCUGUUUAUUACCAAAUGGAUAGAUUAUUCUAAUAAAUACGGAUUAUGCUUCCAGUUGUCUGAUCGAUCUGUUGGUGUUUUAUUUAAUGACAGUACCAAGAUGAGUUACACACGUGAUCGAAGGAGAGUUGAAUAUACAUCGCCAGAUGACGAAAUUAUUCGUUACUCUCGUGAACGUGAUGUACCUUCAUUUAUGCAAGAAAAGCUGGAACUUCUUCGACAUUUUACUGAAUACAUGGAUGAUCACUUAACUAAUGGUGGAGAAAUAGGGCAAUACGAUACCACAAAACUAUCGAAAAAAAAUUCAGGAAAUGUUCCAAGAAUGCGUCGUUGGUUACGUACAGAUAAGGCUAUCGUGAUGGAGUUAACGGUACCAUUACUACAAGUCAACUUCUUUGCUGAUCAUACCAAGAUCGUCGUGUCAGAAGGUACACGAGCUCGAGAUUAUCUUGUGACAUAUAUCGAUGCUAAUAGACACGCUACCUCUUACUGGUUAAAUGAUUUGCGUGAUUUUGGAUGUACCACAGAACUUUAUGAAAGAUUAGAUUACGUUUGCAAAGCUUCACGUGAAUUUGCUCAUCUAGAACACAAUGCAGCGUGUUCUGAAAUUUCAAUUAACUGCGGAACGACUUUAAGAGCUUGAGCUUUAAUUAAAUAUGUCUUCCGAUGCAAUAUCUUUAAAGACAAAAAAUAAUUAUUAUUAAUAAAUCUAAAAUAGUAGUGAUAGAUUAGCCAUUAAUAUAAGUCUAAUUAUUUUUAUUAAAAAGAAAAAUAUAUUUUUGGAUAUUCGUCAAUAAUUAUUAAAUCGAUAUAAAUGAAAUUAUUUGAAAAAGUGACGAAAUCUAGUGGCAAAAUUUGUUGGUUUUUUUUUUAAUAAAAAAAUAUGUUACAUUUAACUGUUUGUUUUAUUAACAAGUUAUUUACUGUUAUUAUAACUGUGAUUUGUUAAAAUCAUUGUAUCGUAAUAAUUAUUUAGUAAGUAACUUUGUAAUACGUAUUAAAUAUCGGGAUAAGAAUCAGUUAGUUAUAACUAUGACAUCAAGUGCACAAUAUAUUGAGUAUAAACAACUUAUUAAUGCACACGUCGAAUGUUAUAGUUAAGAAUAUAUAUAUAUAUAUAUAUAAUAAUAAUAUAUAUGUAUGUAUUUAUUAUUUUUUUUUAUACAAUUUUUUUUGUUUCCUUUCACUUAAUUUGUGUAUACUUGAGAAAGGAUCUCGUGUGUUAUAUGCAGCAAAACUGUAUUUAUAAGCCAAUACAACGAUCUCAAACUAA